AUGGAGACCGUCAAGAACGCUGCCAACUACGUCGCCGAGUCCGUCCAGGGCGGUGGUGCUCAAGCUUCCAAGGAGGCCAACAAGCAAGUGGCCAAGGACUCGGAUGCCAGCUUGACCAGCCGUGCCUCUGCUGCCAAGGAUGCCGUCUCUGACAAGAUGGACCAAGCCACCCACGAGACCAAGGCUGAUGUCCACAAGGAGGCUGCCAAGCACUAA